GAUCUGUUACUGCAACGAUUAACUAUCUGUGUUCUGCUGCCUGUCGAGAGAUGUGCAAUAAAUGCGCUAGGAAGCAUUUGGAGCGUGGGAUGAACUUUUAUGUCUUACAGUAGUUGCAUGGCGUAAUGAAGCUAAUGAAAUUUUUCAGGACCUCACUCAGACUCAUCUCAUGUUUUCUUGUUUUCUCCCCCUCAAUUUUUGUGUGUACAUUUCUUUUCGACGUUCAUUCCUCCAUAUCCAGCUUUGCUCUUGUGGAGUUCCAUAAAAAAUAUGCCGCUCCCAUCAUAAUUUUUUCUUUGAGAUGCGAAAAACAUCGUGAAAAUGUAAAGGAGAAUUCCUUAGCAUCUCAAUCUAUGUAUCCCUAGAAGUAUUCCUAUUCUCAUCCUCCACCUCGUCAUAUCAUUAAACUCACGGCAGCGAAUUUGACAAAAUGGUCCUGGAGGUUUCUGCGAACACUAGCCCUAGUACUGGGAGCCGCUCCCCAGAUGCUCCUCCACCUAAAGGUAAUGCGAACAGUGGCAUUGCCAUCCUCCAAAAUGUCCCUUCCAGUGCCGUUCGCUUUAUCAAGAAGAUCAACGGUGGCAAAGACCAUGGCAAAGCUCUACGAGAUAUUUCCGACAAUUUUGAGAUGUAUCGAUCAGGCGACGUCCUUGGGCAUAUGUCCGGUUACCACAGUUCUGGUGAAGUGUUAGGCUUCGGCGCCAAAGGCGAUGUGAUCGAGGCUGCAAGAGUCGUUGGUCGAGGGCAUUUCCGAUAUGUAGCACUUAAGUUAAGGGUUACCGAAUUGCAUCCUUCACUACCAUUCUUGACUUAUUUUCCAAUAGGAACGAAGUCAAGGAUGAUCUGAAGAAUGUAAUUGCGCAACCCCUAAUUAAGAGGAUGCAAUUGUCGAGUAUGCCUCCGAGGGUGGCGCAAGCGACGUUACAAGUAGAACUGAAGCUUGCAGAAUUAACGAAUGCAGUGCCAGGUGGAAAUCAUUGGAACACAAAAAUCGUGGACGAUGAUCACCUGUCUGAUCACCUGUCAUCUUCGAAGGUGUCGACUCAGUCGGGUGCAGCGAGCUCAGCGUCGGGGACAAGUGCUUCUUUGUCUCGGGGAGUGGGAGGCGCCAGCGCCACACGACCUUCCCCAUCUAACAGUAACACUAAUGUGGUCACUUCUCCUUCGUGUUUACCAGGUCCGUCGGCCCCGUUCAUCAAUCUUUUUAACAAAGGACAUCAACAGCAAGAUGGGGCUGAACAAGGAGGUUCUGAACAAGGAGGCCAGGUGACAAAUGUCCAGCAGCAGCAGUUUUUGCAACUGCAUCGCGCCGGAUGCAACGUCGCUGCUACUGCGGGAGGGCGUCAACAUCCUCCUGGAGGCAAUUUUUACACGAACAACAGAGGAGGAACAAACUCAGCAAGUAGCUCGAACUUCACCACCGAGUUAGAAGAGAUGCUCGCGAAAUACCAAGGUUUGUGGGAAUUGUCAAGGCCACAGAGAAAUCUUGUUCACGUCAUGGACUGGUUUCCUGGUCCUGAAGGUCUCUCUCGUGACGUUUACAUUGUGAUGCAAAAGUGUGACGUUUGUCUAGACAGGAUGAUUCAUUUCGUGACUAAACAGAGGAACGCAUAUGAAGCCGACUGUCGACAGAAACUGGCGAAUAAGACGUACUCGGCUGCUUACACCAAUGCCCUGAUAAACGUCUAUGGAGGACCGUUGGGGAAUCCGGAUAGUCAUGCAGAGCUUUUGCCGGACCAUCAAGAGAAGGACAUGGCUUUGCGGGAUAAGAGGAAGAAGCAAAAGGAAUUGUACACAAAGUUCAUGGCCCAACAAGAGGAAGAACAAGAACAAGAACGACAACGGGAAGAACAGAAAUAUGGCGGAUCACCGAGGAUUUCGAAUGUGGGUGCUCCUGGAAGUACAGCAAAAAGUCAAGGGCACACUACAUCUCCUAGCUCUGAAAAGCCGCAAAAGUUGAACAUGAAUGCUGCAACAAUGCACCAGUUAUCGGCACCCUCGUCGAAAGCGAGAUCGGGUAGUACUGGCCCAGCCCUGCGUCCUAGCUCAGCACAGCAGCAGGAGUCGUCUCCUGGUAAACGCUCAACUUCUAUGGCAGUGACGAGGAGUCGAUCCUCUAUUGUGAUGUCACCUGAGGUUAAUAUGGCUCGAGGGUCGCGGAGUAAGUUGCCGUCAACAUCAGUGAAUUUGAAUCGAACGAUGCCUUUGCCUGGAUCAUUGUCUCCGCCUCGGCAGCUUCCACCUUUAUCCCCAGGAGCAGAGGGUGAAAAAGAUGUUGGUACUAUGUUGAUGGGAACGACAACCUUGGCUAAAAGUGAAACUGCAAAGAAGAAGAAAUCGUUGCAAGUUCCCGCCUACCUUGCGGAGUUUCUGAGCAGGAAUCAACAGCUAUCUGCAAGUCAAGGAGCAGCUCAGAAAAAAUUGCAUGGGGUGUCUCCGACUUUUUCACCUUCUAGAAACCAUGGCCAAAGUGCGACACAAGACCUCCUUGACAGAGCGGCAGCCAUGAAAAGAUCCCCUUCUGGCACCGCUUUAUCCUCUGCUUCCACGACCUUAAUGACAGGAGCUAACUCGACAACAUCGAAGGAGCAGCAAGCUGCAUUAUUACAACAAAAUAAACAACAAUUUGAGACGGCUGAGCGACUUCGCGACUUGCGCGAUCGAAUGGACACUACCGUGAUGCUCUCAUCAUCACCGAGAAAGCUCUCAGGAGGGCGGUUGCCGCCUUUGUCACCUGGGAAAGAAGGACAGCACAGGACGACGGGGGGACACGUGGAAGGUUCAGUGAAAAGGGGUAGAAGUCGUAGUCCUCGUCGUCCGAACAGUUCUUUCUCUUCUUCCACCGAACAGAGUAGCGCCGAGUCUGAUGGCCUCUCGCAUCUCCUAUGUAGACGUACUAGACCACCAACGUCUACGUCUUCAAUGGGUGACUCUAUGUCUUCCAUUAAGGCUGUACCUAAUACAUCUUUGGACGCAUCCUUGAAACGUAUGGAGGAGCACUAUCCUAAGGGAAUGCUCCCCCAUACUUUUCAAGGAUGCACUUGAAAGAUGAAUUGCGGACAGCUCUAAUUCCAAACAAGAACAACGACAUGAGACUGUUGGUUGCUUCCCUGAUCUCUUCGGGAGACUUCUUUGGUCAAGAAGCUCUAGCUCUUCGUCGUCGGCGGAUUCUAGCGCAAGGGGCUCCUGGGCACCUACAAGUAGCAGUUCUAACUCGGAGACGGAGCGAGCUAGAGAAAAGAUAGCAUUCGAAGAAUCAGGUCUGCAUGUGCACCUUCAACGCGAUGGGUAUAACCAUGACCACAAUGCUGAAGACUUCACGAACAUCAAGUCCAAUAUUGAAGGUUCCCACAACCGUGCUUCUGAACGAAGCGAUCGCGACACUUCCUACAACAAGAUAGAGAAAAAGCCUUUGCUUUUCGGUCACAAGUACAACACUUCGAGCGGGACAGUGGACGUCCGUGACCAGAUGCAGGCUGCAGCACAUCGUAUUGCAGACGCUGAAGUGAAGAAAGUUGCAGUUGACAUGCUACGCGCUUUAGAGUACUUGAACUCUCGUGGCAUAGUGCACCGAGACGUGAAGCCUGAGAAUAUCCUUUGGUGUGCGGAUGAACGACCGCCAUUGCAUGCUUUGCCCUCUAAUGGGCCGAUUUUUGGUGGGGGUCGAGGUGGCAACCAGCAUCAAUCUGGUGGAAGUUCGUCUUCUAGAUCGGGAGGUGGCGGUGGCAGCAGUAGUAGUAAUGGAGACGAUGAUGACGAUGAUAUCUUCGGAGGACGAGGCAACGAUCAAAACGAUGCAAGUCGUGACAACUUCUUUCGUCAUCAACAUGCCAAAAUCCAUAUGCCAAUGCCGCAAGGAGCAACCACGAUGGAUAGCCGUACUGGGAGAGGCACUGGGUACGUGACUGAUAUUGCACGGGAAGGAGUUUGGAAACUAACAGACUUUGGAAGCGCCUUUAUCCUACCUGCCGGAACACGGGAGAGUUGGAUCUAUCAGCAAGAGCAGGUGUUGAAUGGGCACCAAAACAAUAUUGCCAAUGGAAACACAUCAAACAACCACGGAGUAACUACAUCAAACAAAAAUACCCGAAGUAACUACAGCAACAAAAAUAACACGAAGACCACAUCUCGGAUCCACAUCUUCAACGAAGCGCGAACCAGUGUUGGCACGCUGUCUACGAUGUCUCCGGAGUUGAUCCAAGCCAAAAGAUACGACUCUACAUGCGAUAUUUGGUCGCUGGGUUGCGUCCUCUAUGAAAUGGCGAUGCUCGAAAAGCCCUUCACACCUUGGGAAUUACAAGCCCUCCAACACGCCUCUGGCGGCGUUGCCAGAUGGACACCUUUGCCUAUGCCACAUUUCCUCCUGGUGCACCAAACGAGUAGUCCUUCUUAUGGAACAAGCUGCAAGGGAUCCGGAUCCUCAACCUCAAGUUCAAGUGCUGUUGUGAUUCCAUCCAAGGGUCAACGACCAAGUAGUAACUCUUUGAACCCAACGAAACAUACGUGGCUGAGAUGGACUUACGGACCUCCUUUGCGUGCGUUGUUGCAAUCCUGUCUAGAGAUGAGGCCAGAAAAGCGUCCGACGGCUGGGCACUUGCUUUGUGUAAUGCAAGGGAUGACUUUGUGUCCUCCACCGGUGGCAGCUACGGGUGUUUCAACAAAAAGCAGCUCGUCUGCGUCCCCCGCUUCGCCUACCAACAAAACAUCCCCUUCUACUUCUUCAGCGAAUCGUCCCACGAAACAAGGUAGCUCUUCAACAGCAGCAAGAUCGUCCUCAUCCACCACGGGCAUCACCUUCACCAUCCCCCUAGAUUGCCUUGAUGGAGAGCAGCGCGAAAGCUUACGGAGUUUUACAGUCAAAAGCGCAAUGAAUUCGCCGCAGGUGUGGACGGCACUACAGGUUCAUGGAGAACUCGCUGGAAAGUCAAGGGCCCAUCAUCAAAUGAUGUCAACCGCUGCUAGUAGGUCGCAGUAUAGCUGCAGCAAGGUGUGGGGAAGUGGCGGGAAACAGCCCGUGGUGGGGAUAAAAUGAGACAGACGUUGAACACAACCGCGAUUGGUUUUUUCACAGAACGAAUGUGAAGAAUAGAUCGAUGUGUAUAGAAUCAUGAAGAGGAUGAAUAGACCACGUGGAGAUAGGCCUAGUCAUAGACUAAUCAUCGGAACGUCGUUGCAAUUUGAAGUGCAUACGACCUGCUUAUACUACUUCUUGUAGGUCAGAAAGUAUCAUUUGCGUAGAUAACACUAACAUACCCCAUAAACUGACAAUGGACGAGGACUGUGUAACAGCAUGACGUUUUUAUGUGUUUUUUGAAAUCUUGUCAUGAUCAUUGUGGUCGUCUCUUUGUACAUUAUAUCAUGGUGAGAUCUUCGAGUUCGGCGAGUAGAUAGGUCCUCAAGGAAUUUGUAGGAGUAUCCCAAUGCCUCACUUCUUUUUGGGAAACGAACAGCUUCGAUGAGCAUCUUCUAUUCCUCUUGGGCGAAGAAAAACUAGAACAGCGACAAGGGCAAACACGAAGAUCCUUCACGAGAAAGCACACCUCAAAUCCUUCGUUCCUCAGAUCAUCGAUCACGGAUAGAUGUUCUGGCCGUGAAGCCGUGUAAUUCGGUUCUUGUUGAAGCAGUCUCAGUGUUCCACUUGUGCCAUCCAGUUGGUUCCUCG